GGCCCACUUACAAUCUCGCUUAACUAUGGCGUGUUUCCGCGGUCUCCACACGAAGCUGAAACAAUGAUCGAGCUUGGCCUGCCUACCAGAUGGCACAAGAUGAUCUCGCUUGAAGAUGCUAGAGUCCUAUCCGACUCCGCCACCGCAAGCCCGGCCUCAUGGGAUUCGCCUGUUUAAAUAGGACCAGAAAUCCCGCGGGUUUCGGGCAUCCUCCAAGCUUCAGUUAUUCCUACUUCCACGUCACUUCUUUCAUUCGUUCUGGGCUUCAUUGAUUGAAGUCCUUUCCCUUCUCUUCACGUUCUCAUCCAGACACCGCUGUGCGGUCAAUUUUUUCAUCAUGUCUCUUUCCAAAAUCGCCACUUUGCUGCUGAGCUCGGUCUCGCUGGUAGCUGGUCAUGGUUACGUCGCAAGCAUUGAGGUGGACGGCACCACCUAUGGGGGUUACUUGGUCGACACCUACUACUUCGAAUCUGACCCGCCCGAGUUGAUUGCCUGGUCCACCAAUGCCACCGAUGAUGGCUACGUCUCGCCCUCGGACUACGAGAGCGUCAACAUCAUCUGCCACAAGGGGUCCUCGCCUGGCGCGUUGUCGGCCCCGGUCGCCCCUGGCGGUUGGGUGCAGAUGACCUGGAACACUUGGCCUACCGACCAUCACGGGCCCGUAAUCACUUAUCUGGCCAACUGCCACGGCUCCUGUGCUGAUGUGGACAAGGCUACUCUGGAAUUCUUUAAGAUUGAUGCCGGUGGCCUGAUUGAUGACACGGAUGUGCCAGGAACGUGGGCGACCGAUGAGCUAAUUGAGGACGGCUACAGUCGCAACAUCACCAUCCCCAGCGAUAUUGCCCCUGGCUACUAUGUUUUGCGACACGAGAUCAUUGCACUUCACAGCGCGGAGAACUUGAAUGGGGCCCAGAACUACCCCCAGUGUAUCAAUCUGGAGGUCACUGGCAGCGAAACAGCGACCCCAAGUGGCACUCUGGGCGAGGCUCUGUACAAGGAGACAGAUCCGGGCAUCUACGUGGACAUCUGGAACACGCUGAGCACCUACACUAUUCCAGGCCCUUCGCUUUACACUGCUGGCAGUGCUGCGACCGCGACGUCCGCGACGACCGCCGCUGCCACCACCACUUCGGCGGCCACGACUGCGGUGGCCACCACCGCUGCCGCCGUCACUAGCACAGCUGCAGAGUUGGAAGCUUCGACUCAGACUCGUGUGACUACCUCUGAAUCCUCCGCGCCGACCCCUGCCAGCGACGACACCUCCCAGCUGAAUCAAGGCGAUGCGGAUCCGCUGGACGGAAACUCCGCGCCCGCAACCACGACUACGACUGUGGUGGCUACCCCGGCGGCCAGCUCGGAGUCGUCCCCCAGUUCUGGUGUUUUGAGUGGCGCCUGCAGCCAGGAAGACUACUGGUACUGCAAUGGAGGCACGGCUUUCCAGCGCUGCGUGAAUGGCGAAUGGGAUGCCUCCCAAAGUGUGGCGGCGGGUACAGUCUGCACCGCGGGAAUUUCCGAGACCCUCACCAUUUCUGCCGCCUCGACGCGCCGGGAUUCUCUGCGUCGUCAUCUGGCGCGUCCCAAGCGUCACUAAGCGGAUCACAAGUACCUGAGAAUGUGAGGGGAGGUUGCGUUACUCAAACGCACUGGGAUUGCCGGGCGAAUGUACAUACAUAAAUACCUACCUCAGCGUCGUACGCGUUAAGCGCACCGCUAAAACUCACCGCGGAAACACUAAGCGUGGAGCCCUCACGCACGUUCCCCAUAAACCCCACUUUGGAUCGCAGUAUUUCCUGUGCCCCGAGAUUAAGAGGAUUUUAGUGGAAAUGACAGCUCACAGGAUGAGAGAAACCUUUUGGUGGCACGACUGGACACAUUCCAUCCCUUCCUGCAUGGAUCUGCAACUGAUGGCCGACCGACG